AUGCUCUCCUCUAUUGUCCUUUUCUCCACCUUGAUGGUUUCAGCACUUGGCCAGAACUCCUCUGCGCCGUCCUCCGCACCAUACAACCUUCCCGCUGGUUUCAACAUUGGGCUCGUAAAGCCGGAUGAACUGAACUCGUGGUGCCAGGGCCAGCGCAACCAGUGCCCGGCCAUUUGCAGCGAUGGAACCAAACAAAACAGCUGUGAUCCCUCCACUUUGAAGUUCGACUGUGUCUGCAACGACGGCACUACUCCCGAUGUCAGCCCAUUCCUCCAGACCGUUCCCUUCUACGUCUGCGAAGCCAACUACGGUCAAUGCAUUGAUGCCCACCCUAACGAUGUCAUGGGUCAAGAGGCUUGCAAGAAGGCCGCUAAGUGUGGAACAAAGAAUGCCACUUCCAGCGCUUCUUCCACUUCUUCUUCGGCUGCUCCAUCUCACACCCUGCACAUGGCCUCCACCACUGAUUCCGACGAGUCCUCCACUUCUUCAUCCGCCGCCGCUGCGAGUGCUACUACUUCCAGUGCUGCAGCUCCCCUUGGAGGCAUGAUUGAGACCUACUCCACUGGUGUGCUUGCAUCUCUCAUGUUCCUUGCCAUGCGUUUGGUCCUGUAA